UAAGAUGCUCAGGCAGAGGAGGGCUUUGCUGAGAAAACAAGACAGAGCCUGGGCGAGCGGCUGGUCAAAGGAGAGCUCCACCUCAACUGGUCAACGCUUCUGUGAGCUGCACCGGGUUUGUGUCUUUUGAUAAUUCUAGAGAAAAGUUCUCUCCAGGGCCUGACUGCUUCUGAGCAACCAAAACACCUGCGACUGUGUGAAGAUCUUAAAAGUUUUUUUUUCAUUUAAAAAAAAAUGGCAAAAAUAAAUCUGAGCGUAGUGGCUCUGGGGCUCACGCUGCUCCUGUUAGCGGAGACGUGGGCCCAGAAUCCCAGGAAGAGACUGGCGCCUCCGAAGCCUCCCAAGGGCCAGUGCUGCGACGAGGUGCGCUCCCUCAAAGUCCAGGUGGCCAAUCUGACCAGCCUCCUCGAGGAGCUGAGUCGCAAGCAGGAGACAGACUUGAUGAACGUCGUGAGGCAAAUCAUGGAGCUGGACCAGCAGAACCGGCAGCAGGAAGCCCGGGUCACAGAGGCAGAGAGCAAGUACUCAGAGAUCAACAACCGUGUGGAGAUCAUGCAGCUGCAGACCCUCCAGUCUGCCACCCAGACGUCGUCAGAUGCAACGUACGACUGUGCAGCACUCUACAGCAAGAGCUACAAGAUCUCUGGCGAGUACAAGCUGCCUAAAGACGACUUUCUGGGUACACCUGAGCUCAACGUCUUCUGCGAUAUGGAGACGAACGGAGGCGGCUGGACUCUGAUCCAAAGGCGCAAGGUCGGCCUGACGUCCUUUAACCGUGACUGGAAGCAAUACAAGAGCGGGUUUGGAUCCAUCCGUGGAGACUUCUGGCUGGGCAAUGACCACAUCUUCCGCCUAACAAGGCAGCCCAGUACGCUCAGGAUCGAGCUGGAGGACUGGGAGGGAGAGACGCGCUACGCCGAGUACGGCUUCUUCACCGUGGGCAAUGAGCUCAACAGCUACAAGCUCUUCCUCGCCAACUAUAGUGGAAACGCCGGAGACUCCUUGCGCUACCACAACAACACCAACUUCAGCACCAACAACAAGGACAACGACAAGUGUGUGGACGACUGCGCUUCCCUGCGCAAAGGUGGCUACUGGUACAACUGCUGCACUGACUCAAACUUGAACGGCGUAUUUUACCGCUACGGUGAGCACACAAAGAACACAGAUGGGAUCACUUGGUAUGGCUGGCACGGGCCCAACUACUCCCUCAAGAAAGUGGAGAUGAAGGUCCGGCCAAUGGGUUUUCAACCAUAAGUGCUUCAGCUGUGUGUUCUGGAUCAAGAUCAUACGCAUGAAUGCCGAGAGAUCUCACUAAUACCUGCUCAACAGAAUUGUGGCUUUGCCUCGACUGAGAGAAGAGGAUUGAAAUUGCUGUUUGUGAUGGUCUGCUUAAACUCCAGUCAGAUGAAUGUGUAAUGUUGUUUUUUUUGUUGCCGUGUUUGAUUGUAAAUUGUAGUUCUUUUUUUUGUGUAUUUAUCAGUAAAAUAUUUUAUUUUUUAAAAGCUUCGAUAGAUGCUCUUUUACCACUGUCCCCUCGGGGUUACUGGAUCGAGAUUCUUUCCCUCAUUUGUCUUGAAAGCAGUAGGAUUUUAUAUUCAGUUAACACAAGCAAGAAUAAUCAUUAAGGAUUUGGUGGAGCUAAUUAAAAAAAGGAUCUUUGAGAGUCGCUGGGACGGGACCAACCACCAGAAGGUGUUUUCCUUGUUGAACCUUAACUAUUCAUGAUGGAAAGGUGUAAUUUGUAAAAUGUGUACAGCUCUGUAAUUAUGUUGUUUCAUGUGACAGAAAUAAAACAAAAAUAUUUUUUAAAAGAAA